AUGGCGACGAACGGCACCAAGGCGGACGGACAAGUCACUGAGCUGAACGAGGUGGCCACGAUCAACGACAAACCCAAGUCCCUGGAGGUGAAACCCGAAAAGCCGCCAAAGGUGUUGCCAGAAAGAGAGACAUGGGGGGGGAGAUUUGAUUUCCUCCUGUCGUGUGUGGGUUAUGCAAUUGGACUGGGCAACGUGUGGAGAUUUCCCUAUCUGUGUGGAAAGAACGGUGGAGGAGCCUUCUUGAUUCCUUAUUUUUUGACCCUCAUAUUUGCUGGGGUCCCCUUGUUUCUACUGGAAUGCUCCCUUGGCCAGUACACCUCAAUCGGAGGCCUUGGCGUGUGGAAGCUGGCUCCUAUGUUUAAAGGUGUGGGCCUUGCAGCAGCUGUCCUGUCCUUCUGGCUUAACAUUUACUACAUUGUAAUCAUUUCUUGGGCCAUUUACUACCUGUACAACUCCUUCACCUUUGACCUUCCAUGGAGCUCAUGUGGCAAUUCAUGGAACACAGAUAAAUGUUACACAAACUACUCCAUUGGAGACACCGCCAACCUCACCAGUUCAGUGGUGGAGUUUUGGGAACGCAACGUUCAUCAAUUGACCGAUGGCUUGGAAAAACCAGGCACGAUCCGAGCGCCACUGGCCAUAACCCUGGCCAUCGCCUGGAUCCUUGUGUACUUCUGCAUCUGGAAAGGGGUUGGCUGGACAGGGAAGGUGGUUUACUUCUCCGCCACGUAUCCCUACUUCAUGCUGUUCAUUCUCUUCUGCCGUGGCGUGACUCUACCUGGAGCUUCAGAUGGGAUUCUGUUCUACAUCACCCCUAACUUUGAGAAACUCAAAGAGUCUGGGGUAUGGCUAGAUGCGGCUACCCAGAUCUUUUUCUCCUAUGGAUUGGGAUUGGGGUCCCUUAUAGCUCUGGGCAGUUAUAACCCUUUCAAUAAUAAUGUUUACAGAGACUCGAUCAUUGUGUGCUGCAUCAACUCGUGCACCAGCAUGUUUGCUGGCCUUGUCAUCUUCUCCAUCGUGGGCUUCAUGGCCCACGUGACAAAGAGAGACAUCGCCGACGUAGCAGCUUCAGGCCCUGGUUUAGCUUUCCUGGCCUACCCGGAGGCUGUAACCCAGUUGCCGGUGUCUCCUCUCUGGGCCAUUCUGUUCUUCUCCAUGCUGCUCAUGCUGGGGAUAGACAGCCAGUUCUGCACUGUUGAAGGCUUCAUCACCGCUCUGGUGGACGAGUUCCCCACAGUUCUGAGGGGUAGACGAGAGAUCUUCAUCGCCUGCGUCUGUCUGGUGUCGUAUGUGAUCGGACUGUCAAACAUCACACAGGGAGGACUCUAUGUGUUCAAACUGUUUGACUACUACUCUGCCAGUGGAAUGUGUCUGCUGUUCUUGGUCUUCUUUGAAUGCAUCUCCAUAUCCUGGUGCUAUGGUGUGGACAAGUUCUACGACAACAUCCAGGAGAUGAUUGGCUACAAGCCGUGUAUAUGGUGGAAGAUGUGCUGGGUCGUGUUCACCCCUCUCAUUGUCGGCGGGGUGUUCCUGUUCAGUGCCAUACAGAUGGUUCCUCUCACGAUGGGAGACUACGUGUUCCCGCUCUGGGGUCAGGGAGUGGGCUGGCUCAUGGCGUUGUCCUCCAUGCUUCUCAUACCAGGCUACAUGGUCUAUAUGUAUCUGGGACUCAAGGGCACUUACAAAGAGCGACUUCGGAUAAUGCUUAGGCCUCCUGCAGUCAUCAGGCGACCUCUGGAGAAUGGACCCGAGCAGCUGGUGGAAACCAACACCGCUGACCCAUCCAGUCCCACCAAUCCAGCCACACCAGCCAGCCCUGCCAACCCGGCCCCCGCCAGCGCCGCCAGCCCCACCAGUCCAGCUCCAGUCAGCACAACCAGCCCUGUGACCCCGGCUAACCCGGCUCCUCCGUCGGCUGUUCCAGCCGUCGCCACAAGCCCUGUGAACCCGGCAGCUAGUCCAACCACCACCACCGCCACUACGGCCAGUCCAGUGAACCCCACCAUCACCACAACCAUCACCACCACAACUGUUAGUCCAACCAUCCCACCACCCAACCCAGUCAACCCAACGGAGCCCGUUAACCCCCCGAACCCAACGAGCCCGACCAUCAACCUGACCACUGCCGAGGCCAACGUGUAG